AUGGUCGAAAUCAGCGAGAUCCGUAAUGCAGGUGGCCGGGCCAGCGAAGCUCUUCGCUCAAUCAUCUGCGUCGACCAGAUGCUUGGCGUGGGAGCAGUCAUUGUCAUCCACCACACCGAUUGUGGACUUACUCACCUCCGAAACGAUUCCCUGCACAAGGCUCUGACUGAAAAAGCAUCCGGCAAUGCAGAUGAGAUUGCCAAAAUGGACUUUGGUGAGAUCCUCGAUUUGAAGGCGAGUGUUGUUGAAGAUGUGAAGAUACUCAAAGAAAACCCGUACUUGAGAAGGGACUUGAAGGUCUAUGGGUAUGUGUAUGAUAUUAAGACCGGAAAGCUUGAGGAAGUGAAGGAGUAA